GCUGUGAACAAACAGCAACAUUUUUUCAACGGAAGCACUUUGCACGUCACAAUAAGAAUGCCAUCACGUAUCUGAGAUGGUGUUUUGUAGGUUAAUCAGGAGAUUGUAGAUAGCGUGUAAAUGGUCCAUUUGAGAGAUAGGUGGCGGUAAUGCACAUAUAAGUCUGCGAUCCGCCGUAAAGCAACAACAAGAAGAAGAAGAGAUGGUGUUUUUCUAGAAAAAGUUGUUUAAUACGCUGGUGCAGCUUUUUAAAAAGAUUUUCCUUUUAGCAUGAUUGUCAAUUACAGUAGCACUUCUGAAGAGGAAACUGAAAGCUCUUCAAAAGAUGAUUCCUCACCUUUAAGGAAAAGAGGAAAACUUGACACUCAAACCAGCACCAGUGAACCUUUGGAUCAUGGAUCUGUUAAAAGGAAAGCUGGCAAAUCAGCCCACUUGACACCUCGCCUGCCUCUUCCUGACAGCGUGAAGGAGAUGUUCAGAGAACCUGAAGAACAGUGGAUCGAUAAAAGUGAAGAGCAUGGAGGGCGACAGCGGUCCUUCCAGCAUGAGCGGGGCAACUGGGCUACAUACGUGUUCUGUCCUUAUGAUCCUGAGGAGGCCUUUCUGGAGCUACUCAAUGAAAUGGUGGUGGUUGCAGCUGCUCACGGCAUCCCUCUGACCUUGUCUGAAGAGUUUCACGUCAGUAUCUCAAAGACGGUGGUUCUGCGCCAUCACUGGAUCCAACCAUUUAUCCAGUCCAUUCACACCGGUCUGACACAGUUCCAGAAGUUUUUCUGCUUGGCCGAUAAACUGAGGGUUUAUUCUAAUGCUGAAAAGACUAGUUGUUCAUGCAGGACCUUUCUUGGUAUGGAAAUCUCCACUGGAAAAACUCAGUUGCUUGAGCUUAUCAAGAUACUGGAUGAAACCAUGAAAGAAUUCAACCUUAGCACCUUUUAUAAGGAUCCUUCUUUCCACAUAAGCCUUGCUUGGUGUGUGGGCGACCAUACGGAAAGAUUGAAAAAAACAUGUUUAUCACAAAUGCAGAGUCUCAUUGAUGGUCAUGAAGAUGGGCCAUUUUACAUACAGCUCAACUGCACAGAGCUUCGCUGCAAAUCGGGAAAUAAAGUCUUUCUUUUCCCCCUCCAGUGAUCUUGAAACACUGUUGAGAAUGUGAAUUUUCAAGUUUGCUAACAUGUAUUGCUGUUAACAUUUGUGUUUUAAGACUUUUCAUAUUUAAGCAGAAUAUACUAAAGCUUUUGUACUAAAAACUGAUGCAUAAAGAUCUCUUUGUUACAUUAUACAAUUUUGGUAAAGAGUAUUUUAUUGUACAUAAUUGCAACAUACCUAGGGCACGUAUGCAACAAUCUGUUGUUUAGCGACAAACAGCCAGACCAUGGGUUUGCGUUCCACUGAAAAAUGCAUUGCAUUUUUACCAUCAAGCCAUUUUACGAGCAACACGCCACAUCCUGAAACUGAAAGACCUGGUUUCACUUUCCACAGUUGUACCUUCAAAAAUACAGUCUUUGUUUUUAUAACAGAACUUAAUCUUAUAACUCCAAUUUUAAAGGCAACAAAUAACUUGCUUCACAAAUCAUUAUUCAUUAUAUUCAAGAGGUCAGUACAUGUAUAAAAAGAAAAAAACUGAGGAGAGUUCGUACACGUGUAACAACAUUAACACGUGGGUCGUGGCACAAUUGCAGUCACAGAGGUUAAGCCGACAAAUUGAGCAACAAUGAGAUAUUCAGCAGUCGUACUGCACUACAUUUGAGAUCUCUUGAUAAACCAUAAAUCAAUACUGGUCACAGACAGCCUGAUAAAUAGCCUCUAGCUUGUUCGACAGAAAUACUGCAGCGUCAGUACAACUUGGAUAGAAAAUGCAUUUAAAAAAAGCACUAGGUAAAAUCAGUAGAUUUUAAGAAGUAGGAGGUAAAAGAUUAAAAACAGACAAUAUUUAAAAAUGUAAUUGACAAGGUUUAAAGGCAGGCAAUUGUUUUUCACAUGAAUCAACUGUAAUUUGUGCAUUAAAAUCUCUAUAACAUUAAAUUGUUAGAUUUGAAUUAAGCAGUAAAAAAAAAAAAAAA